AUGGUGUUGGAAAGUCUGGUGGCGAACCUGUUGAACCGGUUUCUGGGCAUGUAUGUUCGGAACUUCGACCCCAAACAGCUGAAUGUCGGAAUCUGGUCUGGCGAUGUUACACUACGCAACCUCGAGCUCAGACGCGAGGCGCUGGAUCAAUUCCAUCUACCUUUGAACGUUGUCGAGGGUCACAUCAGUUCUCUUGUGCUCAAGAUACCUUGGUCGAAUCUACGAGGCCAGCCGGUGCGAAUCAAUAUUGAAGAUGUCUUCCUACUGGCGGCACCCAAGGAGGACCAAGAGUACAAUGCAGAGGAUGAAGAGAAGCGGGCACACGCAGUCAAGAUGGAGAAACUGGACAGUGCCGAACUGUUGAAAGAGAGGAACACAGAGGGCAUGUCACAAGAAGAGCAGCAGAAGCAACAAACAUUCACAGCGGCUUUGACCACGACUAUCAUCGACAACGUUCAGAUCCAGGUGAAGAAUGUUCACAUUCGCUACGAAGAUGCCAUCUCCGACCCGGGACACCCAUUCGCCGCUGGUCUCACUUUACAAGAGCUCAGUGCCGUCUCGACAGAUGAGAACUGGAAGCCGACCUGGAUUCAGGGCUCCAGCACUACCACUCACAAGCUCGCGACAUUAGGUUCGUUGGCUGUAUACUGGGACACGGAUACAGAACUGCUUGGAACUGGCACAGGGCAGCAAGAUGCAAAGGAGCAAGGCAUCGAUCAUGACCAGAUCAUGAACAAGCUGCGUGAGCUGAUUGUCAAGAGCGACAGUCCUGCUCUAAAAGAACAUCAAUUCAUCCUCAAGCCUGUGUCUGGACGAGCAGGUCUCGAAAUGGACAAGACUGGAAAGUAUGAUAAACCGAAGAUGAAGGCUCGCUUGUUAUUCAACGAGCUCGGAUUCGUCCUGGACGACCAUCAGUACCGUGAUGCUUUGAUGCUUGUCGACCUGUUUCAUUACUUCAUUCGCCAUCAGGAAUACAAAAAGCUGCAGCCGAAGAAGUCUCCCAAAGAAGACCCUCGCGCUUGGCUGCUCUUCGCUGGAAAAGCUGUUGUGGACCGGAUACACGACAAGAACAAGCGCUGGUCGUGGGCCUUUUUCGCCGAGAGGCGAGAUGACAGGAAGAGAUAUAUUGAGCUCUUCAAGAAGAAGAAGCGGGAGGAAGUCAUGUCAGCCGACGAUAACAAGGAUCUCGACAAGCUUGAACACAAGCUGACGUACGAAGACCUUCGUUUCUGGCGGUCUCUUGCGAGGAAUGAGCUGCGCAAAGAGGGUGCCGUGAAGAAACCCGAGCAACCAAAGGGCUGGUUGUCAUACGUGUGGGGAGGGUCCAAGCAGCAACAUGAUUCUUCGGAUGACAGCCAAAUGUCAGAGCAGCAGCGCAAAGAGUUGUACCAAGCAAUCGAUUUCGAUGAAAAGAAGAACAUUGCAGAGGCAGUCGAUGCGCCACGAGAAGCGAUCAAAAUGCAGGUCGACAUGAGCCUCAAAACUGGUAGCUUCACGCUGAAGCGCGAUCCUCACGGCAAGCAACAGGAAAUGUUGCGACUGCUUUUCGACGACUUCAGCACGGAAUUUGUGCAGCGAACAGACUCGACAGUCGUUGACCUCAGCCUUGGUGGGAUGCGUCUUUACGAUGGCUCGACUGAGGGCAAUCUGUUCGAGCAGAUGCUGACUGUCAAGGACGCCCCACCGGUCCCAGACAAGGAGCGAAUAGAGGAAUUGGGCGAAGACGGCAAGCCGAAAGAGAAGCAUGAUGGCGACGAUGAUGAGGACGAUGAGCCAGAUCCAUUCUUUGCACUCACAUUCGAGAACAAUCCACUGGACAAUCGCGCAGACACAGCCCUGACUGUCAAGUUGAAGGCGAUGGAGAUCGUCUACAACCCAAACUUCGUUGUGCAGGUGUCUAAAUUCUUCAAACCGCCCGAGAAGCAUAUGGAAUCUAUCGGUGCGCUCAUGGAGACUGCUGGCUCCACUGUUGAAGGCAUUCGCCAGCAGACUCGGGCUGGCCUGGAAUUUGCUCUGCAGGAACACAAAAGCAUCGACGUUCAGCUCGACUUGCAGGCUCCUCUCAUCAUUGUGCCCGAUACCGUCACAAAGACAAGCACAAUCUGUCUCAUCCUCGAUGCUGGUCACAUCAGUGUGCGAAGCGAUCUGAUCGACAAGAAAACCUUGGCCGAUAUCCAAAGCAAGCAGAAGCAACAAUACACAGACAAGGAUUUCAAGCAGCUAGAGUCGCUGAUGUACGACAAGUUCCAACUGAAGCUCGAAGCGACACAAUUGCUCAUCGGCAGCACGGUCGAUGAAACGAGAAAGCAGCUCAGUGCGGAAGCCGUAUCCAGGCACUAUCAUCUUGUCGACCGAAUAAACAUGGACUUUCAACUGCAGACAUGCAUUGUUCCCAAGGCGACAGAUCUGACGAAGUUCAAGGUUCUUGGGCAUCUUCCGGUCCUGCAUGCGAAGUUCUCUGAUCAGAAGUACAAAUCGCUGAUGAAACUGCUCGACUUCGCCAUACCCAAAUUUGAUGAAGCUGAGCCUGGCAAAGUGACGCAGCCAGGGCUGAAGCCGACGGCAGAUGAGAAGGCGAAGGCGCGCCGGAAGAGUCAGUCUAGACCUCGCGGCAAAUCAUUCCAGCUGAGCCCAAAUGCGCUGGCGAACGAGAUGGAGAAGGGCGUUGAAGAGAAGAGUCAAGAUGAGCACCGUGGUGGCGAGACCAAGAAGAAGCAAGACGUCAACCCUGCUCAGCGGAACUUCGAGUUCAAGUUUACGGUUGACAAGCUGCAAGGCUCGCUGUACAAAUCGGAUCCGGAUAACAAACGUGAGGAUCAACUUCUCGUUGAUCUCAUCGCGGAGAACUUCUUCUUGGAGUUCUACCAGCGUCCCUUCGACAUGGUCGCCGAUGUCAGCCUUCGUGCUUUGACGGUGGAAGACCAUGUCGAGGAAAGCCCCGCGCCAGAGUUCAGAAAUCUUAUUUCAAGCGAGGAUCUCGUCGACAAGAAGCAGAAGGAUCUCCUGACAGUCCAUUUCCAGAUGGUCAACAAAGAUCAUCCCGAAUUUCACUCCAAGUUUGAGGGAGUCAAGACCAAUCUGGAUGUCGCCGUCUCCACGAUCAAUGUUCUAGUCACGCGCAAGACGCUGCUGACGCUCCUCGAUUUUGCUAUGUUAACAUUCGUGCCCGCCAACAACAACGCAGAGCAGGAUGCGAAAGCGAAGCAACUCGAGGACGCUGAACAUGACGCAGAAGAGGAGGAGAAGAAGCCCGACAAUGACAAGAUCCGCAUAAAAGCCGAGCUGAGUCGCAUUGCGGUCAUUCUCAAUAAUGAUGGCAUCCGACUAGCCACGCUCAGUCUGACGUCUGCCGAAGUCAGCGUCUUUCUCAACGGCCCUACGAUGCGCGUUGGAGCCAGACUUGGCGCACUUGACCUCGUGGACGACAUUAACAUGGGCGUCUCUGAAGAGUCCUCGCUGCGCAAGCUUGUCUCGAUUCAAGGUGACGAAUUGGCUGACUUCCGCUACGAGACAUUCGAUGCAGAGUCCAAGGACUAUCCCGGACACGACAACUCUAUCUACCUGCGGUCUGGUUCAAUCAAGAUCAACUUCGUCACAGAGCCAUUCCGCAAGAUCAUGGAGUUUGGUGUGAAGUUUGGCAAGAUGCAAGCUAUUUUCAACGCUGCAAGACAAGCUGCAGCAAACCAAGCGAGCAAGGUUCAAGAAUCAGCGGGCAAGAUGCAUUUCGACAUUCUAAUCAAGACUCCUAUCGUGGCAUUCCCGCGCAUGGUCAUUACUGAUAACCCUGAGCGAGAUACCGUGACAGCGUACCUGGGUGAGAUUUAUGCAAACAACAAAUUUGUUGCGCUCGAAGCUGAAGACGGAGGCGACACUGCGAACAAGCUGUCCGCGGGCAUACACAACAUCCGCCUUACUAGCACUCUGCACUAUAAGGACAACAAGAGCGAGGAGCUAGAAAUGAUCGACAAGGUCAAUCUCGACUUCAACAUCACUCAAACAGAACACCAAGUGGGAAGGGCUCGACCGGACACGGAGAUUGAGGGCUCCAUGUCCAACAUCAACUUGCGGUUGACCGAGGCACAGAUGAAAUUUGUCAUGGAGCUCUCGAGAAACAUCCCUCAGGCCUUCGCCUUGGAGGACUCCGAAGAGCUAGAGGAGGAAGUCGAAAAGGAGAUUCCAGAUCACAUCGUCGAACCUGCCAAUACCGUGAAGCCUUCGGCAGAUGAAAAGAGGGCCACCUCUCCGACGAAACCUUCACACCAGGGCCCAGAGCUCGGAACAGAUACUCAAGCAUGGACGAAGCUCGACCUCAUUUUCAAGGUCGGCGCCAUUGGUCUGGAGCUCGUGCAAGGUCAGCUUGAUGAACCGAUUGGAGACCUGGAGGCUGCCAGCCUGUCCAAAUUCUCCUUGAACGAGACGAGCGUCAAGCUUCGCAUGAUCAGCGACGGUGCUAUGGAGAGCGAGCUUUUGGUCCAAUCAUUCACUAUCACAGACACGCGCACGCGAGACAAGAACAAGUUCCGGAAGAUCAUGAGCUUGAUCAACUCGGACGUCAAGCAGCAAUUCAUGGCCAGCGUGUCAAUCUCAGGCGGCGAAGAGAAGAACAUGAUUGCUUUGCUUACGAUCGACAGCCCGCGAAUCAUCCUCGCCCUUGACUACAUCUUUGAUAUCCUCAAAUUUGUUCAGAAUGGGCUGAAGCAGGACGAGCCGCUGGUGGUAGAAGCGGAAAUCAGUGAUGAUGGCAUGGAAGAUGAUGCUGUUAGUGCCAGCACGCAAGAGGUUGUUGAGCGAAAGAAUGCGCAGCAACAGAAGGGUUCAGAGGAGCCCGCGACCAACGCUGGUGCGAUGAGCAUCUCUUACCGCGUGAGCGUCGUGGACGCCCAGGUCGUGCUGAUUGCCAAUCCGGCCAUCAACAACUCAGAGGCCAUCGUUCUCGGAAUGAAACAGGCCCUCGUAUCGCAACAGCAUGCGAUGACAGUGCAAGUCGAGAAAAUUGGCAUGUUUCUGUGCCGAAUGGACCAGUUCGAGACGACCAGACUCCGGAUCCUGGACGACUUCAGCGUCCAGACCUCUCUGGACAUGAAAUCGCAAGCGAAGGACUCGUCGAUGACGAGUAUCACAGUGGAUAUCGAGCCGUUGGUGCUACGUCUGAGUCUCCGGGACAUCAUGCUUGCGAUGCAGAUCGCCAACCGAGCAACGGCGAUGAGUGCAUCGCAGUCCGAUAAGGAGAUUGAAGGCCAGGAGCCCAAAAAGUUAGCGCAGAUAAAGGCAUCUCAGGACGCCAAAAGCCACAAGAAGACGCUUGGUGCAAGUACUACGCAUCGCGGCCAAGCUCAGACUAUUGCCACGACUCGCACCGGAGCCAAGCCGGUCGAUGGAAAGUCUCGCGCGGACGCGCCAUCCGCCGUGCUGACGCGCGAAGAGAUGAAGGUCUCGAUGGAAGGCAUCCGAGUGGUGCUCAUCGGCGAUUUGCACGAACUGCCGAUGCUCGACUGGAGCGUCAAGGCGUUCGAAGUCGAUGUGCGAGACUGGACUGGCAAUUUGACAGCAGACACAAGCAUUGACACCUUUUUCAACGUUUAUAACUUCUCACAGUCGGCCUGGGAGCCGCUGAUCGAGCCAUGGCAAUUGGGUUUCCACAUGGCCAGGGAGACUUCGCCGGACAAGCUUGCCUUGGAGCUCUACUCGCGAAAGAACCUUGAGCUGACCAUCACGAGUGCCACCAUCGCCAUGGCCUCCAAGUCGGCAGAGUUCUUCUCUAGCGAGGAAGACGUCCUCAGCAAGCCGAGAGGCAACGAUUCGCCAUAUCGCAUCCGGAACUGGACUGGUUUCGAAAUGGACGUGUGGGCCAGCACCGACAACGAUGGCGAAGGUCAGGCUGCGAAGCUCGAAGACGGCGAGGAGCAGCCUUGGCGAUUCGAGGACCCGAGCACCACGAGAGAAACGCUCAGUCCGGAAGCUCAGACUGGUGUCAUUGGAGUGCGACUUCAAGGUAGUGGUUUUGACUCUAUUGAUCGCAUCCAGGUCAAUCGCGAAGGGGAGACGAUGUACAACCUCAAGCCGCGGAAGGAUAAGGUCCAGCACCGUAUGCUUGUGGAUGUCACUCUUGGCACCGACAACGUCAAGUACAUCACAUUGAGGUCGCCGCUUCUGGUCGAGAACCACACCCAGAUUCCCAUCGAGCUGGGAGUCUACAGUCCAGAUGAUGGGCAUCUCCUGAAGAUUGAGAAAAUUGCACCCGGCGAGUCGAAGCCGAGCCCCAUCGGAGCCGCUUACAUGCACUCUCUGGUUGUUCGGCCAGACCAAGGCUUCGGCUACACUUGGUCAAAUGAGCGACUCUUCUGGAAAGACCUCCUGAAGCGUCCUGUCAGAACCAUGACGUGCAAGGGAGAGUCUGAAGAAAGCACUCCACCGUUCUACUUCCAGAUGCAAGCGGUCUACGACAAGAACAACCCGUUGACAUCUGUCUACCCGUACAUGCGUCUGCGCCUUUCUGCGCCGAUUGAAGUACAGAACUUGUUGCCAUUCGACUUCAAGUACCGCAUCUACGACAAGAACACUAAGAAAGACUGGACCAACUUCCUUCGCAAAGGUGGCGUCAGCCCGGUGCAUGUGGUAGAGCUGUCACACUUGUUGUUGAUGAGCAUCGACAUGCAAGACACGCCAUUCAAAGCGUCUGAAUUCGCUAUCAUCAACGCUAACAACGACAAUGACUUCAAGCGUGAGCGUACAUUGACCGUCAAGGAUAGCAAUAAUCUGGAGCUGAGGUUGAAGAUCCACUACUUCAACGUUCCCGACAGUGGUGGCGCCUUCAAGAUCACGCUGUAUGCUCCAUACAUCGUCCUCAAUCGCACUGGACUAGAGUUGGAUAUUCGCAGCAAGGCAUACUUUGGCAGCACCAAGAGUGCCGCCGGACAAGGCACUUUCGCCGACACCGAGGAAGACGCGCGCAAGGCGACACCCUUCAUGUUCUCUUUUCCGACUGACGAUCGCAAGAAUCGUGCUCUGCUGAAGGUGGGAAGUAGCUCGUGGUCUCAACCUGUGAGCUUCGACGCCAUCGGAGCGAACGUCGAUGUCAAGCUUCCUGCAGAGAGUGGACGAUCCGAGAUGCACUGCGGAUUGACCGUCACUGAAGGAGAGGGCAAGUACAAACUCACCAAAGUUGUCAGCAUCACGCCACGCUUCAUCGUCAAGAACAAGCUAUCGGAGGAGAUCCAGAUCCGCGAGCCUGGUUCGAGCGACGCUACGACUCUCAAGCCCGGCGAGCUGCACCCACUGAGGUUCCUGAAGCAAGCUACCGGGCAGCAGUUGAGCUUGUGCUUUCCAGGAGUCAACAACUCGUGGAGCAGUCCUUUCGACAUUGCCAACGUGGGCAGCGUGCACAUCAAGCUGGCCAAGGCUGGUGAGAGACAGAAGCUGAUCAGAGUCGAGAUCCUGAUGGAACACGCUAUGCUGUACUUGCAUCUCAGUCUGGAGACCAAGCACUGGCCUUUCUCGAUGCGUAACGAAAGUGACCAAGAGUUCUUGUUCUGGCAGGCGAACCCAAAUAUUGACGAGGACGAAGAAGAUAAGACUUCUGGUUGGAAGCCAAUACGAUACCGUCUGCCGCCACGCAGCAUCAUGCCGUAUGCCUGGGAUUAUCCUGCGACCAAGAACAAGAAUUUGAUCCUCAGUGCUAACGGCAAGGAGAGACACGUGAAGCUCGCGGAGAUCGGCAACCUGAUUCCUAUGCGUGUGCCUGGCCAACCAGGACAGCGUGGCAAAGAGGGACAGAAAAUCAUCGACCUCAACGUCAUUGCCGAUGGCCCGACUCAGACGCUGGUCAUCAGCAACUACAGGCCCAAGAAGAGUCUCUACAAGCAAAAGUCGGCAACAUCAAGCCAGAGUACAAAUGCCGGCUUCGAGGUCAAAGAGCAAGAUGACAACGUCACGCUGCGCGCCACGAUUCGCUUCGCGGGCAUCGGUCUCAGCUUGGUCAAUUCUCAGAUGCGCGAACUGGUGUACGCAACUUGGAGGGAUAUUGAGCUGAAGUACACCGACUCCCCUCUAUACCAGACGGUAGCUUUGACCAUCAAGUGGAUCCAGAUCGACAACCAGUUGUAUGGAGGCAUCUUCCCCCUCAUCUUCUAUCCGAGUGUCGUUCCAAAGACUGGAAAAGAGAUGGAAGCACACCCGAUCUUCAGGACCACCGUCACGCGAGUCAAGGACGACAGCUACGGUGUGCUGUACAUUAAAUAUGCCACAUUCCUGAUGCAGCAGAUGACGAUUGAGAUCGAUGAGGACUUCAUUUUCGCGGUGCUCGACUUCACCAAGGUCAAAGGCGCAAGCUGGACCGAGCAGAAAGAAGGUCAGCUCGCCCCCGCGAGUCUGGAUGUUCCCGAGCCGGAGCAAGGUGAUGGUGGACAGGACAUCUACUUCGAGCUCCUUCACUUGCAACCGAUGCAGUUCGAUUUGAGCUUUGUUCGCACCGAGCGGAUCAACGCAGAGGACACUGGCAGCUCAAGCGGUAACCCAUUCAUGUUCGCGGUCAAUGUGCUGACCAUGAGUAUUGGAAACGUCAACGAUGCUCCAAUCAGAUACAAUGCGCUCAUGCUUGAGAACGCAAGACUGAGUAUGGGCGCAUUGAUGAGCAGUAUCCAGAGCCAUUAUGUACAGGAAAGCUUACGACAAGUGCACAUUGUCAUCGGUUCAGCAGACUUCUUGGGCAAUCCUGUCGGUCUGUUCAACAACAUCUCUUCGGGCGUGGCAGACAUUUUCUACGAGCCAUACCAAGGACUUGUCACCGAUCGUCCUCAGGAUCUCGGCGUUGGGAUUGCCAAGGGAGCUGGCAGCUUCGUCAAGAAGAGCGUCUUUGGUCUGUCUGACAGUGUGAGCAAGUUCACCGGCAGUAUCUCCAAAGGUCUUGCGGCAGCCAGCAUGGACAAGGAGUUCCAAGAUGCUCGACGUAUGUCACGCAGCAGGAACCGACCGAAGCAUGCUCUGUACGGUAUUACAUCUGGUGGUAACGCUUUCGCCACCAGUCUGGCAAGUGGUAUCGGUGGUCUGGCAAGGCAGCCAUUGCAAGGUGCCGAGCGAGAAGGUGCGGCUGGCUUUAUGAAAGGCGUCGGAAAAGGUCUGCUCGGUCUCGCCACAAAGCCCGCCAUCGGCGCUUUCGACCUUGCCAGCAGCAUGGCCGAGGGUGUCCGCAACACCACAACUGUGUUCGACCAAGAAGGCCUCGACCGUGUCCGUCUCACCCGCUUCAUUGGCACCGAUGGCAUUGUCCGACCUUACUCCCAACGCGAAGCUCUCGGACAGUUCUGGCUCAAGACGCUCGACAACGGCAAAUACUUCAACGAGAACUACAUUGCACACUUGGAGCUCAACUCCGGCUCGCAGGGCAACAUGUCUUCGCCCAUCUCCCCGACGUCUCCCAACUCGCGCCAGAGCAGCGAGGCUACGAUGCUGGUCAUCAUCACGUACAAUUCCAUCAUGCUGGUUCGAGCUAAGAAGCUGACGAGCGAAUGGGAGGUUCUGUUGAAGGACAUCCAGACGAUCUCGAAGGAGAGGACGGGAAUGAGUAUUGUGCUGAAGGGCGGUACGAAUGGACCAUUCAUCCCGAUUGCGGAUGAGGGAAGCCGGAAUUGGUUGUAUCGCCAGGUUGCUAUCGCGGUCAAUGCGUACAACGACCGGUGGAAUGCGAAGGGUUGA